UUAUGCUCACUGUACCAGUUCCAGCAGUUCCAUCCGUGUAAUCAUGAAUACAGUGAUCCACCGUAGGCCCCUGCUAGCUCUAGUAGCGGUGUUGACGUUCCUUCUCCGAGCAGUAGCGACGGCGGCCGCGAGUGGCCAUGCCGCGGACCGCAUCGACCGUCUGCCGGGACAGCCGGCGGUGGACUUCGACAUGUACUCCGGGUACAUCACGGUGGAGCAGAGCGCCGGACGGUCGCUGUUCUACCUGCUGCAGGAAGCGCCCGAGGAGGCCCAGCCGGCGCCGCUGGUGCUCUGGCUCAACGGCGGGCCCGGCUGCUCCUCCAUCGCCUACGGCGCCUCCGAGGAGCUCGGCGCCUUCCGCAUCAAGCCGCGUGGCGCGGGGCUGUUCUUGAACGACUACCGGUGGAACAAAGUGGCGAACAUCCUCUUCUUGGACUCGCCAGCCGGCGUCGGGUUCUCGUACACCAACACCACCUCCGACCUCUACACCUCAGGCGACAACAGAACAGCUCAUGACUCCUACCGUUUCUUGGGGGAAUGGUUCGAGAAGUUCCCGCAUUAUAAGUACCGUGAUUUCUACAUUGCUGGGGAGAGCUAUGCAGGGCAUUAUGUCCCGGAGUUAUCCCAGCUCAUCCACAGGAGAAACAAGGGCGUCAACAAACCCAUCAUCAACUUCAAAGGCUUCAUGGUCGGAAAUGGUCUAAUCGACGACUACCAUGACCACCGUGGCAAGUUCCAGUUCUGGUGGAACCACGGGCUGGUCUCCGAUGACACAUACCGCCUCCUCAACGACGCCUGCCUCCAUGAUUCAACCGUCCAUCCAUCGCAUGCGUGCGCUGCCGCGCUCAACAUCUACAAGGGCGAGCACGGCAACAUCGACUUGUACAGCAUCUACACACCCACCUGCAACGAGACGGCGGCGAGCCGACGGCGGCCAAAUGGACGCUACCCCUGGAUGACCGGAUCGUAUGACCCGUGCACGGAACGAUACUCCACGGCGUAUUACAACCGGCUGGAUGUGCAGAGGGCUCUCCACGCCAACGUGACCGGCGCCAUAAACUACACCUGGGCGACCUGCAGUAACACCAUCAAUAGAAACUGGCGUGAUGCUCCGAGCUCCAUGCUUCCUAUUUACAAAGAGCUUAUUGGAGCUGGUCUAAGGAUAUGGGUCUUCAGCUGCUAUCAAGGUUGCAAUCCUAUUGAGAUGGUGACAUGCAAGAAAACUGUAUAGGCAUCUCUCGACCGAAGAAGACAAACAUGGAGAAUUGUAUAGGCAUUUCAAUUGCCUAAUCGGUUUCUCCCACUACCGUGCACAUUCGCUGAACUGGGAUUAACUGGACAUCCCAAGAUAGUCUGUCCAACCUGGAGUAAACUUUCUCGGAGGAGCUUAAGGCAAUUGUGUUUGGUUUACCUGAAGGAAAGGCUCCGGGUCCUGAUGGUUUUACUUCCUCCUUCUACAAAAAAAUAUUGGCCAGUGAUUAAGGAUAACUUGCUCUUGGCGAUCAAUCAGCUACACAAUCUAUGGAAUCUGCUAAAUUUUGCACACAUCUCCCUAUUGCGAAAAGGAGAGGUUGCCUGUAGGGUGAAUGAUUUUAGACCAGUGAGUCUGAUGCACUCGGUUGCCAAAUUGGUUUGCAAGAUGAUGGCAAACAGAUUGGCCCCUUGCCUUCAGUACAUGAUCCCCACAGCGAAAGCGCUUUUAUAAAGACACGCAACAUUCAUGAAAAUUUCUUAUAUGUCAAAAAAACGAUAAAAGUCUUGCAUGCUAAGACGAUACCCUUUCUUUUUUUCAAGUUGGAUAUUGCGUGCGCCUUCGAUUCGGUCUCAUGGGAAUAUAUGUUGGAGCUGAUGGAAAGGUUGGGGUUUAGCC